AUGGCACUGCUCAAUUUUUUUGAUCAUGGGACACUCCGAAUCCUUGUGUUAUGCCUUGUAUUACCAUGCGUGUUGAUGCAGAGCAUUGAAAAUCCCACAUUUUGGCAGCAACCAAUAGUUUACAACAUCUCUGAUGUCAAUGACCCCGGGCAGAUUAUAGAAAAAGAAUCCUUAGUUGCAAGAUCCGAUGACUUUCAAGUACUCUACCCUGGAAACGAUCCCCGUGCUCCCGUAAUGGCUCAACGGAUCUUAUUCGAUUUUUCGUAUUCUUGUUUAUCAACCAAUAUCUCAUUCGAUUCAAUCCAGAAACUAAACAACAAUACACUCACGAGCCUGCCGAUCCGAUCCGUACCAAAGAUCGCUAUGAUUCAACGUGGUCAUUGCGGCUGGAGUGAAAAAAUCUCAGUCUUACAAAAGUUUUCUGAAGCAAGCGAUCUAAAUGUCAAAGCUAUACUUAUCUACGACAAUAUUACCUACGACGGAACACCGACGUAUGCUCUCCACGGAAACGAACAUCAUGAACAAAAUGACUCUUCAAAACCCUUGCCAGCCGAGCGCAAUGUGUAUAAAAUGGCUGACAAUAAUAUCCAAGAGGGAGAACUACGAAUUCCCAUCUAUUUUGCUCCCAACAAAUAUGGAGUAGACAUAAAGGCCCACCUCGAAUUUCUUAAUUCAAAUAAUACAAAAAACAUCCGAAAGUUUAUUCAGCUCACUCCUUUCUUUGGCCCAGUUCCUUGGACCAUGGAUCGCAAUGCGUCUAAUAAUUUUGGAACAGCAUUACUCAGUACCCACGGAUACUUGGCCUAUAUUGUUGCAUUGGCAUCUGCGUUCUUUAUAGGCAGGUUACGUUUGUUAUAUAUAUUCUUUAUUUUGCUCUUAAAUACAUGUAUUGUAAUCUUACGCUGGUGGAGAUUCAGAAAGCUUCGAACUUCCGACCAAAAUAUAUCUCCAAAUGAUUCUGAAAACGAAUACGCAAACCACACCCAGAACAGACAGGAAACACACCCGUUAGCUGUUGAAAUCGUCAACGGACUACCUAUCAAGCUAUACACAGCCGGGAUUGUCAAAAAUACCAAUUGUGCAAUUUGCCUUGAAGACUUUGAAGAAGACAAACACGAGCUGCGUAUAUUGCCAUGUCAUCAUGGAUUUUGUGUGAUGUGUAUUGAUCAAUGGCUUACUCAAAAAUCAACGUUUUGUCCAAUUUGUAAAUGGGACUGUGAACCAUCUGAUUGUAACAGUGACGAUGACGAUCAAGACGAGGAAGAUCUAGGGACCGUAGAGGUUCUUGGGAAUACCAUGCCUCACGAAGCGAUAGAAAUGAGGGCCAUUAAUAAUCGGGCAUGA